AUGAAGCCGGAUAUAAAGGAUCGUGAAUACAUGUAUCGAUUAAUUAUCGGACAACUAUUCUACGAUGGACAUCAACAAAUUGCUGUUACACUGGCCAACACUCUUGGAUGCUCAGCUCCAGCUCCUCCACCAUCUGACAAGCUCUAUCGGCUAGUCACCAUUGCCAAGCAGUUUGUAGAGGAUCCCGAUUACAAAGCAGAGGAGAAGUCAUUACCAAUGCAAUUCGAAACAGUCUCCACUGGAUUAGAUCUCGAAUAUGAUGCAGAUGUGCAACCAGUCUCUCCAGAACCAUCUCAAUACGAAACCAUCUAUCUAACCGUCCACAAAGCUCCAUGUAGAGCAGCUGCAUUCAAUUCAGAUGGAUCUUUAGUGGCUACAGGAUCUGCAGAUUGUUCUAUCAAAAUUAUGGAUGUGGAAAGGAUUCUGGCUAGAGAGAAAGAGCACAGAGAAAUGAAUGAGAAUGGACCAGAUGCACAUCAUCCAGUUAUCAGAACACUCUAUGACCAUGUUGAUGACGUGAACACAGUGUUAUUCCAUCCAAGAGAUGCUAUUCUCAUCUCUGGUUCCAAUGACAAGACAGUGAAACUGUUCGAUUUCUCGAAAACUGCUGUUAAGAGAGCAAUGAAGACAUUAUCAGAAGUCUAUCCAGUUCGUGCUCUUUCCUGUCAUCCGGGCGGUGAAUUCCUUCUGGUUGCCACUGAUCAUCCAACCGUUCGUCUCUACAACAUUGAGACUGCCCAAGCAUACGCGUCGGCUAAUCCAGAUGACCAACAUCGUGAAUCUGUAACAGAUGUACAUUAUUCUGAAAAUGCGCGUCUUUACGUGACGGCUUCAAAGGACGGAGACGUCAAAAUCUGGGAUGGUGUAUCGAAUCGAUGUGUGGAGACAUUCAAACGAGCGCAUGAUGGUUCUGCGAUUUGCUCAGCAAAGUUCACCAAGAAUGGAAAAUAUUUGUUGACUAGUGGAAUGGAUAGUAUUGUAAAGUUGUGGGAAUUGAGCACCAAUCGAUGUUUGAUAGUUUACACUGGAGCAGGAGCCACUGGAGCACAGGAUUAUGCAACCAGUGCAUCAUUCAAUCAUAACGAAGAUUAUGUACUGUUCCCCGACGAGAAGAGUGGAAGCAUGUGCUCCUGGGAUGCUCGUAAUUCCGAUCGUAAGCGAUUGCUGGCUCUCGGCCACACCUCCGCUUGCCGUACAUUCGUUCAUUCCCCAUCAAUGCCUGCAUUCAUGACAGGAAGUGAUGAUCAUCGUGCCAGAUUUUGGUACCGAAAACCGGCUACCACUGACAAUUGA